GAUGCACGCUUUUGUAUGUGAUUGAACGUCACAUGUUGUCAUUGGAAAUGUAUAUGAUCUAUUAAGACGCCGUCGCGAGUCAUCAUAGCCACACCUAAUUCAAGAUGUCAUUAUAGCUACUGUGCCAUCUUUUAUUAUGCUUAGCGAUAGCCUUAGUACAUGGCCUCUGCUCCCGCACAGCAGCCCACCCUGACCGUGGAGCAGACCAGAGUGGUGCUUAGUGAGGUGAUCCAGGCCUUCGCGGUCCCAGAAAACGCAGUCAGGAUGGAGGAGGCCCGGGAGAGCGCCUGCAACGACAUGGGUAAGAUGCUGCAGCUGGUGCUCCCCUUGGCCACUCAGAUUCAACAGGAAGUCAUCAAAGCUUACGGAUUCAACAAUGAAGGAGAAGGUGUCCUCAAAUUUGCCCGAUUGGUGAAGAUGUACGAAACCCAAGACCCGGAAAUAGCGGCCAUGUCGGCGAAACUCAAGUCCCUCCUCCUGCCACCACUGUCAACGCCCCCUAUAGGUGGCGCCAUUCCAGCCUCAUAGGAAGGAUCCAAGUGCCUGUAUUAAGUGAUUGUUUGCAAUAUCACCUUAAAUGUCAUUCCAUAGUUGCAUUUCAAUGAUCAAACUCCCAUCUGUCAUCAUGAAGUGAAUGUCAUUUCAUGUCCUAGAAAACUGAUAGUAAAUUGUUUGACAUUAGCGUGCAUUUGUGGUUGUAUUUAUCAACAUUUUUCCAUGAACCACAUUCCCACAUUGUUUUAUACACGAUAUGUUAAUAAAUGUUUGGUUUUAUGGA